GCAUUUUGUUGUGCGCUCCAUUCGCCAGUAGAGAGUGCUAUUCCCAUAGUAUUGCCGUACAGUAACGCAACAACUGUGUGUUUCCUGUACAGUUUGUAAUGUCGGACACAUGGAGCAAUAUCCAGGCGCACAAGAAGCAGUUGGACUCUUUACGAGAAAGGCUCCAAAGGCGGCGGAAAGACCCAUCACAAUUGUCCGCCGAGGUAAGCGGAAGUGCAGAUGGUCCCACAGCCAGAAGCGAAAGUCCAGCUCCAUUAGCUCCAUGCACAGAGGAUGAGACGGAGAAACCACCUGACCCUGAAUUAGAGAAGAGAAUGUUGGGAUAUUUGUCUGAUCUGAGUCUUUCCCUGCCCAAAGACUCCCUCACUAUCACAAAUGAGCUAAAUUGCUCGGAGACAGAUAUCAGUCACAGAUGCAUCAAGAGUCUCUUGAUGAAGUUCUCUGCUCAGGAGCUUAUUGAAGUCCGGCAGCCAACUUUAUCCUCGUCUUCUGCGGUAUCCUCCUCCACAGUCGUCAUUGCGGUGGACCACACAAAACUUUGGGCUAUGAUCGGUUCUGUCGGCGGUGCCCAGCGGAGUCAAGGAGUCAAGAGAAAAGCUGAAGAGCAGUGCCAGCACCCGAGAACCUCGAGCUUCUCGCCCUCGUCACAGGCCUCUGCGUCUCCUCCGCGCUUGGCUAAGGCCUCCAUGAUGCCUGCGUCAUCCUCACAGCAGCCGGGACCGUCGGCAUUGGGCAGCGGCGCUGACAAAAAGGGCAGAGGCAGCAAAAGCCAAUCAUCACACAUGGACAUGGAAAUAGAGAGCCUCCUGAACCAGCAGUCCACCAAAGAGCAGCAGAGCAAGAAGGUUAGCAGAGAGAUCCUAGAGCUGCUCAAUACCAGCACGGCGAAAGAGCAAUCCAUUGUAGAGAAGUUUCGCUCUCGAGGCCGCGCUCAAGUGCAGGAGUUUUGUGACCACGGCACCAAAGAGGAGUGCAUGCGCUCGGGAGACACGCCUCAACCGUGCACCAAGCUACACUUCCGUCGCAUCAUCAACAAGCACACGGACGAGAGCCUCGGCGACUGUUCUUUCCUCAACACCUGCUUCCACAUGGAUACCUGCAAGUACGUCCACUACGAGAUCGACAGUCCCCCGGAAGCCGAGUGUGGCCUGGCAGGACCCCAGGCAGGGGCCGUGGAACUCGGCCUGCACAACGAGGACGCUGACAGCAACGUCGGCAAACUCUUUCCCUCUCAGUGGAUCUGCUGUGACAUCCGCUACUUGGACGUGUCCAUUCUGGGAAAGUUUGCCGUGGUGAUGGCCGACCCGCCCUGGGACAUCCACAUGGAGCUGCCCUAUGGAACGCUGACUGACGACGAGAUGAGGAAACUCAACAUUCCCAUUCUGCAGGACGACGGAUUUCUCUUCCUCUGGGUCACAAACAGGGCCAUGGAGUUGGGGCGGGAGUGUCUCAGUCUGUGGGGUUAUGAACAUGUUGAUGAAAUUAUCUGGGUGAAAACAAACCAGCUUCAGAGGAUCAUCCGCACUGGGAGAACAGGCCAUUGGUUGAACCAUGGGAAGGAACACUGUCUGGUGGGUGUCAAAGGAAACCCUCAGGGAUUCAACAGAGGUUUGGAUUGUGAUGUCAUCGUUGCAGAGGUGCGUUCGACCAGUCACAAACCAGAUGAGAUCUACGGCAUGAUAGAAAGACUCUCACCAGGAACACGGAAGAUCGAGCUGUUUGGUCGGCCACACAACGUCCAGCCCAACUGGGUUACACUUGGCAACCAGCUAGAUGGCAUUCAUCUCCUGGAUCCAGAGGUGGUGGCCCGCUUCAAGGACCGCUACCCAGACGGCGUCAUCUCCAAACCCAAAAAUAUGCAGACACCACAUAACUGAUCUUUUUUUUUUUUAAUAAUACCAGAGUUCAGCUGGGAUAAGUUCCAGUUCCGCCGCGACCCAGAGAGGGACAAGUGAUAGAAAAUGAAUGGAUGGAUUGACUGUACAGUAGCGGUAAGCCAAUGUUGGCAAGUCAAACCUUUUUAGCGUUUCCUCCAAGUUCCACAUAUUUAAACCGUUGAUGAAUUUCACAAGUUGUCUUUUUAACAUUUGACUGCUCUUACUCUGUCAUUUGAAGAAGAGCGAGACUGAACGUGCCACAAGCUGCAUUACUUUUUGUUUUCAAGGCUGUGUCUCAAAUCAAAUACUUAAGUCAGUACACUUCAAUAAGUCUACUGUGUACACUAAGUACGUACUGUAGUUCCAAAGCAAUUACGGUUGUUGCACAACAGUUUGUAUUAAUUGUGAAUUGCAACCACUCGAGUUAGUAGCAAGGGGAGGCCAAGAUAAUGAUUAUGUGGUAUGUGUCAUAAAUCGAGAGACAGCGCAUUGUGUGAUCUUGAAAAAUGGGUUUCAAUGUCCGGAUCAUUAGUUAUUUCGUACUGCACAGGUCAAAAGCAGGUUAGCAUUUAAACUAUGAGCAAUUCAUUUUGUAGCUUGGCCUUUGUGUAGACAUAGAAUAGAGUAAGAUUUGUUGUCAUUGCACAUGUCCUUUUACUUUGCGCUGUAUGGUAAAAAGUCGAGAAAUUUACCACGUUGUUCCACCUGUCCACUUUUAAAAUGUAAAGUGUACACAUAACUUGACAUAAGACAUAACACAUAUAAAUUAAUCAUUUUUUCUGAAAUUUUCUUACAUAAAGGUCUAUUUUUAUAUAAAAUGAUUUCAUUCAACGUAUAUAUAUAUAUGUUUGUCCUUCACCUACUUUCUACCAAUAUAUCUAUGAUCGAUAGUCUUAUCACAGGUGUCCAUGACCGUAAUCUAUUUUUUUACACAUCUAGAUCCCCAAUCUUUGCUUUGAUCUUGUGUGGGACAUGAACGAGUGAAUUGGAAGGAACACACUAGUCUUUACUUUUAUCUGUUGUAAAUUAGUCAAACAAUAAACAUUUUUUUGUUUCA